GUUUUAUGUCAAAACAUUUGCACAAAGAAAAAAACUGUGCUAUUUUUCUCCCCCAACAGAUAGAACAUCAUAAACCAAAAAUAUUACUUCUCCUCUUUGGGGACAUUUCAUCAGAGCUGUGGCUAACAUAUGAUGAGCUCAUAAAACGUUUCAGUUUUGUUCUUUACUUGUGACAAACUUUAAAUUCUGUCUUUUUUUUUAUUCUGGUACAGAUCAUUUCUGUCUUAUUUCUGCAAGUGACAUUCCUGUUUGUCCACGUGAGCACUCCCUUCUUGUUACAGCUCUUUAAAAAACUAAAACACCUGGUUCAGCAAAGAAUCUGACCCAGUUCUCAGGUUGUCACCUGAGGAACAAACAGGUGACAUCACACAAACAUUUUCUUCUUCCUGAUGAAAGCUGGUUGCAGAGAUGGGUGUCUAUGGUGCUGGAGGAAAAACAAACAAACACGAAAAAAAAAAGAGGUUAAAAUGGGCAAAAAAAAGUCAGUUGAGCUCAGCUUUCUGUUCCUCAAUAAGGUCAUGAGCAGCUGCAGCAGAGGAGAGGAGGAGGAGGAGGAGGAGGAGGAGGAGGGUACAGCUCAGGGGACGCAUAGAUCACAUCCGGGGGUUGGUUUAUUCUAAUACAGAAACCCGGAAAAAAAAAAAAGUCCAGUCUUCUGUAAUCCGAUCACACAAACAAACUGAAGGACGGUGUGAGAGUGUGGCGCGAGCCGGUCCUCUGAAUGUUGUCAAAGUUCUCCGAAAGUUGGUCUCUUUAAUUUCCUGCUAUGAUCGUCGGAACCGGACUCGGUUCUGUCCUCCUGCGCGCUGCUGCUGCUGCGGAUUGGGGCGCUGCCUGUGGCGCACACUGACUCUCCACAGAGGUGAUAUGUGAUAGCGGCAGCAUGCCGUACUUGGACCGGCUGAACCGUGUGUGCGGCUUCCUGGACCUCGAGGAGAAGGAGAACAGCUGCCGAUUCCUGAGGCGAUACUUCAUCCUGGACACGCUGGGGAAUGUCCUGCUGUGGUACAUGGACAAUCCUCAGAACCUGCCCAGUGGAGCCAGUUCUGUCGGCAGCCUCAAACUAACCUACAUCUCUAAGGUGAAUGAAGCUACAGCCAAGCAGAAGCCCAAGACGGAGUUCUGCUUCGUCAUCAAUGCAGUUUCACGACGGUACUUCCUCCAGGCCGACGAUGCGAACGACAUGAAGGACUGGAUAUCUGCGCUCAACAAGGCCAGCAAGAUCACAGUUCCUAAACCCUCCAGCACCUCUGCACCUCCCAGACCAGACGUGACCGCCGAGAUCAGCGACUCCCAGGGAGGGAAGAGGCAGCACGCCUACAAGACGGAGGUCAUUGGUGGAGUGGUGGUGCACACGCCAAUACAGAAUGAAAGUGAAGAGACGAACGGAAAGGAGAAGAAGGGAAACAGACCCGGUGUGCUGCGAUGUGGUUACUGUGUUAAACAAGGAAAUGUGAGGAAGAGCUGGAAGAGGAGGUUUUUCACCCUGGAUGACAAAGCAGUCAGUUACUACAAGUCUGAGGCGGACAAGGAGCCUCUCCGAGCUGUUUCACUGAGAGACAUUCAGAAAGUCCACGAAUGUCUCGUCAAGUCGGGGGACCUCCUGCUUCGAGACAACCUGUUUGAGAUCAUCACCAGCUCCCGAACUUUCUACAUCCAGACUGACUCUCCGGAGGACAUGCGUGGUUGGAUCAGGGACAUUGAGAUGAAGAUCCAGGAAUUUCGAGGACCCCCAAGGUGUGCCGUGUUCAAACGCGGCUCGUCUCUCUAUCAAACUCAAAACACCUCUGGCGCGCCUCGUGCUCAAAGCGUCAGGGAGCGGAGACCCCAGCUGGUGAAGUCCUGCUCCGUGGCGCCGGGUUGGCAGCCCUGGACGCCUGUUCCCUCGUGCGAGUCGUCCUCCGUGCUGCUGGACACGGAGGAUGACGACAGCGCGUUCAGCUCGGUGACCACUCUCCCCUCCCUGUCGUCCUCCUCCACCUCCUCCUCCACGUCUUCCUCGUCCAACUCCCUCUCCGCCCCGGCGACUUGCCCCGGCGCAUCUCAGGUGCCUGGCGGCAGCGGGCUGGGGCUCCUCACGGCGUCGGCGGAUGUGGCCAGCGGGCGGAGGCGGCGGCACUGCUCGCAGCCUCAGCCUCCCACCGGCUGCAGCUUCCCCUUCAGCCUGGACGACGACGGCCUCCGCACGUCGGACGUGUAGCUCAGAGCGUCGGUACCUGUUGUUGUUGUUGUUGUUGAUGRUGAUGAUGAUGAAUGUGACUGGUACUGAUGCUGUUCCCUGCCAAUGAAGAGACUCUUGGAGCCCCCUGCUGGCCAUGUAGCUGCUGUGCAGAUGAAGGACGCAGCUGGAAGGAGGUGGACAAGGCUCGGUGUUUGUAGGACUGUGAAACGUUAGGAUGGAGAGACUUCCUUUUGAAAACUUGAAAAUUGUAAUUUUGUAGAGUUGAAACUGAUGGCACAUGCUUUCAGCCUUUUGCACUUGACUCUUGUAUCAGAUUGGUUUCAUCAUCAGCUGCAACUUCCUGGUAGAAAUCUUCUCAGCCGAGCAUCUAAAGGCAUUUUAACCAUUGUUAUCCAUCUUCUUUAGGAACUUUUGAGUAUGUAUUUGAAAUAUAUUUCACACUUGUUAGUUUCUGUUAGACCACACAGUGUUUCACUCAUUCUCUUUAUCAAAACGCACAUUUUAAAGGAAAAAAAAUCAUCAUUUACCUGUUAAGCAUUGUAUUCCUAACACCUGCAGUCUGUUGGCUCCAUGGGGCCUUUUUAUUACUUGGAGUUCAAUAAAAACUGUGGUUUAUUUUAAGGUUUUAGCUCAAUACCAAGAUAAUGUUGCUGUGGUACAGAUAUAGUUGUAAAACAUGCAAAGAAGCUCAUUAUGUGGUAAACUGCUUUUAGAAAUGUGAUUAUCUCAUUGCAGCAUUAUGUGGGAAUUUUUGCCACUACUUUUGGUGUAAUUCUGAACUUUGCAUUUCAUAUUUUUACACUUAUUUUUACUAGUUUUUAUUUGAACGUUGCAGCAGAUUACAGCUUUCUCACACAUCUCACGCCACUGCUGCAGUUUCUUUCUUUUCCGUUCGCACUCGGUUGUAAUUGUCCCACUCUUGUGCAUUAAAACAAUGCUUUGUAUUUGA